UUGGCCAAAGUUCCCGUUCAUUCCGUUUUCAGUUGCGUGCGAAAAUCCAGCUCAGCUGUUAAAAUUUCCACAAUAAUUUCCACACAGGCCACUCACAGUUGGUGGAGCCCUAGGAAAAGUGCAGUGAAAAUAGCUAGAAGUUUUUCUUCAGCUCGCGGAGGCCCCUUUCAUAGCCAGCACGCAAUAUGGCGUGUCCUUUCUUCAGGCGAGCGGACUCGCUGACACGCCAGCCCUCGGUCAUCGCCGACCCUGGCACCCACUGGGCCCUCGAGGACGAGGAGCUCUCCGACGAUGCCCUGACCCUCACUCACCUCCAGAUGGCCAUCCAGCUCCUGACGGCUCCCUCGAACGAGGAUCUCAAUACGGCAGUCACUUCCCUGGUGGCCAAGUAUCGUCAGAAUUGGCCCAACAUACAUAAAUUAAAACUGGAUCCCCAAACCUUCAAGAGCUGCGCCAAUUAUGAUUACCUGGCCGACAUCCAGGAGUUGCUUCUGAAAAUGGAUGAGGCGAGUGCCAGCGAGAUCCUGGUGCUUUUGGGUGAGGAGUUGAUCACCUGUUGCUGCACUGGAAUCAUAGAACGGGCCUUCCGCUGUCUGGGAACCGAUCUUCAGGAGUUUUUGGGCUCACUCGAUGGAGUCUACGAUGUGCUCAAGUUGCAGGAGGACGAUGUUACCGACACUGGCUUCGUGUGUGCCGGCGAGGGUGAGCUGAUCUUCACCUCGGAGAGACCUGUAAUUGCCUGGCUGCUUUUGGGCUCCUUGAAAGCCCUCACCCGGAUGCUCUACAAGGUGGAUGUGAACAUCAAGAUCGAACCCGUAGAGGGCGAUGCUCGUCGCUAUCGAUACCUCUUCUCACUCGUCAAGGACAGCUCUCACACCAUGUUGAUGGGGCGUCCUGCUUUCGUUAGCAAGACCAUUCCAGAAACCGUACAGAGAAGCAAUUCGAGCAACGCCUCCGACUUGCAAAUGAACUCGUCGAGCUUCUGUAAGAUGUUCCCCUGGCAUUUCAUCAUGAACGAGCAGCUGGAGUUGGUGCAACUGGGCCGGGGAUUCAGCAAGCUGUACAAGCCCUAUUUGGCGGACUUUGGCUGCCAGGCGAGCACUUACUUUGAUUUUAAGAGGCCCAAGGGAUUGACCAUGAAGUUCCGGGACAUUGUGCGCCGCACUUACACCCCCUUCCUGAUUGGCUUGAACAGUCCGCCGGGCGUUACCGAUUUCCCGGCCAUCGGCUUGGAGAUCAAGGGUCAGAUGGUCCAUUGUCCGGAAUCGAAUUCCUUGCUGUUUAUGGGCUCACCCUUCCUGGAUGGGCUGGACGGGCUCACCUGCAAUGGGCUUUUCAUUUCGGACAUACCACUGCACGAUGCCACCAGGGAGGUGAUCCUGGUCGGGGAGCAGGCUCGUGCCCAGGACGGUCUUCGUCGCCGGAUGGACAAACUUAAGAGCAGCAUUGAGGAAGCCAAUUCGGCAGUAACGAAGGAGCGAAAGAAGAACGUCAGCCUGCUGCACUUGAUCUUCCCGGCGGAGAUCGCCGAAAAGCUAUGGCUGGGCUCAUCCAUCGAUGCCAAGACCUACCCGGAUGUGACAAUCCUCUUCAGCGACAUUGUCGGAUUCACGAGCAUCUGUUCGCGGGCCACGCCCUUCAUGGUGAUCAGCAUGCUGGAGGGCCUGUACAAGGACUUCGAUGAGUUCUGCGACUUCUUCGACGUCUACAAGGUGGAGACCAUUGGCGAUGCCUACUGUGUGGCCAGCGGACUGCACCGCGCCUCCAUCUACGAUGCUCACAAGGUGGCCUGGAUGGCCCUGAAGAUGAUCGAUGCCUGCUCCAAGCACAUCACUCACGACGGCGAGCAAAUCAAAAUGAGAAUCGGCCUCCACACAGGCACUGUCCUGGCCGGAGUGGUGGGCAGGAAGAUGCCCAGGUACUGCCUCUUCGGGCACAGUGUCACCAUAGCCAACAAGUUCGAGUCGGGCAGCGAGGCUCUUAAAAUCAAUGUUAGCCCAACUACCAAAGAAUGGCUGACCAAGCACGAGGGCUUCGAUUUCGACCUGCAGCCCCGCGAACCGGGCUGUCUGCCCAAGGAGUUCCCCAAUCCGGAAGGCACCGAGACCUGCUACUUCCUGGAGGGCUAUCGCAACCCGGCCCUAGACAGCAGCCUGCCCCUGGUGGAGCACAUCAAUGCAGCCAUGAAGACCAUAUCGGAGGGUGGCGAUGCCUAGGAUGUCGGGAAUCGCCCGCAAACUGAUAAUCUUCCUUAGAUCCACACGCUCAGUAGUCAGUAGUUCGGUGCACUUGUAUUGUGGUUUUGCCUGUUGCCUGCUUUUCCCAAAAAAAUAUAAGAAAAUCAAUAAACUAUCUGAUUCGAAUGGUUGCAUUCCCGCACAAA